UCACUUUGAGACUGCGUUUCCAGAACUGGCCGUGGUGAUACUCCAAAAUCGGAGUCGUCCACGUACGGUAUGUCUGCGAUCGAUCCAUCACACCUAGUGGAUGGUCUGUCUAUUUCUUCUAUCGUUAUAGAAGGUGAUACUUCCACACUUUCACUGUUUGGCUCUGACUGAACGGCGUUAUGCGAGUCCAUGGUUAUGGCUGGCUUUCUCACUGUCGAAAUUCGAUAUGAAUGAUCAAGAGCACGGAAAAAUGGCGGAAGCGAUUGGGACUGAUCGAAAAAAUGCACUACCUGGAUCUCAAGCUCUGGUAAAAAGCUGCUAAUGGUAUUCUCACUUCUACGUAAUUCAGCUGUACAAGAACGAAAUCGACGUCGAGGUGAUCGGUAGGCUCGCCUGGGAAUCGAAUCGAAUGGACGUUGACCAAUAACGUGAAGAGCAGUUUCGCUGAUGAACUGUUGCGGCCAGGGUCUACUGUCACCCCGGUACAGUUGCUCCAACAGCGUCAGCGGCCGUAUUAACACUGUCGACCAACCGCGCGUCUGUGAUGUUGUCGAAAAGAGCCCCUUCAGAGAAAGCGUAGACAACGUCGACGAACCGCUCCAGAGGACAGGAGUAGAGGGUAGCGUUUGCGAAUCGAUGCCAGCCAAUCCUCUCACAGCUCGAAUCUAAAAAAAUGCUGCAAUAUGGAACGGCAUCAAAGGCAGUGAGCCUGGCAGUGGGAUUCGAUUCGUUGGCAGAUGUCCGUUGAGCGAUGAAGAACACAGUGCUGUCGGCUGCUGUUGGAGGUACGACACUGCCCUUUGCAAAUCGCCAUUGCGAUGUUUUCAACGGCUCAGCUUUUUCAGUGACGACUUCGGUUCGCUCGUUUCUAUACAGUACCGAUCGGUUGUUACUUACAGUGGAAAUUUGUGGAUCACUAGAGUAUCGUGA